CGUGAAUGAAAUUCAUACGAAAGCGAACAGAGCAGAAAAACAGAGACGACAGGGGCCAGUUUAGGAGGACAACAACGAUAACGACUACGACAACAGCCACAGCCACAGCUACAGCAACAAGCUUUCUGCGUUUGUGUGCGGCGGCACAAACGAUUGGUAGGUAGAGCAGUUCAUUCAGGACUCUGGUGCUGUAAACAUAUCCUCUUCGAACGAACCAAACCAUAAGCAGAAAUAAAACGAAACGAACUAAAAUAAAAAAUACCCAAAAAAUAAAAAUACAAUUAUUUUUUUCUCCUCCCAUAAAAACAAAGUGAAGUGUAAAGUGAACUAUUUCAAAAAAUAUUCGAAAAUUAUUUAAAUAAAUAAAAAUUAAAUUUUGAAAAAGAAAAAAACCCCCCAAAAAAAACAAAAAUGCAUUACCACCAAUCGCGACCGGAAUUCAAUCUGAGGCUCUAUCUGGCAUUGGCCUUAAUAGCAACUGUUGCUUCUGUGCCAACAUCUGUUUUGGUGCAAAAUUCCGAAUUGGCCUCCAAUGCCCAACAGAAUCGUCAAAAUUCCCAGAAACUCUAUAAUGCCCUUGGCAGCGGCAGCAGUGGUUCCAGCAGCCUUAAAAGUCUUAACAAAGUAAAACGCUCCAAUGACGCUCAGUCGUCCAGCAAGAACACCGCUGAAUCGGCCUUGAAUAAAAAAUCCAGUCCCGAAGUUGUCCCAGCUUCCUAUACAGCACCACCCAGGCCCAAGUCGAAUUUCAUAGUACAACAACAGCAGCAGCAACAACAACAAAACAACCAAGACAACAAUGUGCUGGAGAAGAACAAUGAUCUCAUCAGUUCUGCCAUUGCAGCUGGUCUCACAGCUGCCGCCGUGGAGGCAGCAGCUGUGGCGGCCAAUCAACGUGAAUUGGAGCAGCUAAGGCGCCAGAAUCCCCAACAACAAUUGUAUUCCAGCGAUGAAGAUGAUAGCGAUCAACAGGCUGCUGCCAUCAAUAAACGUGGCAUUAGCCAACAACAACAAUAUGGCUACACCAAUUUGGCACCACCAGAGAAUACCUAUCCCGAUAAUUCCGGCUUCAUUCCACCACCACCCAGUGGCCGCUAUGCAUAUCCCUAUGGAACCUAUGAAACCAUGCCACCCAAGGAGCCACAGACACCACCCGGCGUCUGGGGUGAUGAACUGAUCGACUCGCCACCCAAUGUCGUCUACACCGACAUCGAUGAGUACGGCAUGCCAAUGUCUCGAGUCUGCCAACUACUUGUACUUCCAUAUCCUUUUUCAGUUCCCUCGUCAUAUCACGAUAAAGCCUACGAUAAUCUGGCCACUCUGUUGAAUUCGGAGAGUUACAUGGACUCGUUGCCGUUGCCAUAUACGGGCCGACGUUACUACAAUGCGGUGGGAGAGACCAAUGACAGGAACAAGAGAGCCUACAAGGUGUUCAAUCAGUUGGCCAAUAAGUUUCCCGAUAUGAGAUUGAAACGUGACACCAAAUUGACCCCUGCUGAUAUGUUGGCUUUGGUUGCCUUGGUUGAGGCUGGCGAACGUGCCCGCAAGGAUACCGAUGCCGAUGCUGGUUAUGCUUACCCUCCCGAGAGUUAUGUCCCCAAAUCGUAUGGCCUAAAUACCAACAACAAUAACAAUUACAAUCUUGGAGCUUAUGAUUAUCCAGCCUUGGGUCAAGUUGAUGAUAGCCUAGAUUAUAAUAAUGGUCCCUGGCCAAUGGAGCCCCAAUCGAUGGUGGACUAUUAUGGUGUCCCCAUGAACAUGGAACCCGUUGGCAAAUACGACACACCCCGUUUGCCCGUUAAGGAGAAUAAAUACAAUGAUCGUAUUUUCAACAACAAGCAUUACAUGGUGGCCAAAAAGAAGCGUUCCAUAGCCAAGCCUGUAAUACCCUUCAACCAAGAUAAACUGUAUUAAAAAUCAAGUAACAACAAAAAUAAUCAAUUUGCAAAGUAAUUUAAAAAAUAUAUACAACAGCGUUUAUCCAAAUCAAAUAAAAAUUAAACAAUAUGAAACAGAAAAAAAGAAAUUAUCUAUAAAAUUUGUGUAAAAUACGCAUUGAAAUAAAUCAUUGUCAUCCUCUUAAAGAAGCAGAACAACAAACAAAACAAAAUAGAAACAAGCCCCCAGAAAGUAUUUUCAGUUUUCAAAAAACCCUGUCAAACUGUUAAUAGAAAACCAACCAACAACAAAUUCAUUUCAAACAAAACACAAAUCAAAAAAAGAAAACAAUUUUUUGUGUCAAAUUUAACAACUACAACUCGUGCAAUUGUUAUUAACUACAAAACAAAUGCAUUUAUAUCAAUUAUUUUAUUUAAUGAGAAAAAAAUCUUCAAAAACAAAUAACGUACUAAAGGAAAAAAAUCACAACAGUCUGAGCAAAUAUAUAUAUUUUAUUGAAUUUAAAAGAAA